UAUGACUGGUCAAUAACUUUGCAAACUGUCGAGACACAGCGGUUCUUCUGUCUUUGUGAGGAAAGAUCUAAUUUAAUUAUUUUCUAUCCACCAGCCUGGGAUAGUUGUUUCCAUUCUAAUUUACCAUUUCUCUUCAUUUUAGAACCAUUGGCCGCUUCCCCUGCAAAACCUUGUACACAACUGAAAUCGGAGACUGAGGGCAAAAAUUUACUUGGAGCAUUUAUUCCUCGAUGUGAACCUGAUGGAACUUUCUCUGCUGUCCAGUGUCAUGGAUCAGUGUGUUACUGUGCACACACAGAUGGUACUCGUAUCCAAGGAUUCCAAUCAGCCAUUCAUGAAAGCCAAGGAAUGAAUUGCAACUGUGCCCGCCAUAAGUUCGCAUAUGGAAAGACUGGCUUGAUUGGCAAACUGUUCCGCUGUGAACCCAACGGUAAUUACAACAAAAUCCAAUGUACUGGAAGUGCGUGUUAUUGUGUUGAUGAAGUUGGCAAACAAGUUGGUAAAUCAGUUCAUAUUACCCAGAGUGAAUCAAUGAACUGCUAGGGGGACACUGCCAAAGAUCUCUGCUUGAGAGAAAUUUGACUCAGGGUUUUAUUUUGAUGUCACAAUAAAAAAAAAAUUGAAAUAAUUUUUGAA